AUGAAGCCUCCUGGAGACAACACAAAAACCGAGGUGGACUUCUCCGAAGCCACGAAAGGGCCACAACUCAGCAUUACUGCAUGCCUGGUUGUUGGCUCGUUACUUAUCAAGAUAAUUUUACCUUUUCAGAAACUGACGUUUCUUCUGGCCUUCACUGUAUUCAUCGCCGACCUGGGGUCCUUCCAGUUUGGAUACACCAUCAGUGUACUGAACGCACCGGAACAGGAGCUGCAGAAAUUCUACAAUGAGUCGUACUUCCACCUGUUCGGUGAGGAGCUGGGCAGUGACCAGUCCACCCUGCUGUGGUCCUGCACCGUGUCCAUCUACUGUCUCGGUGGGCUGUUCGGCUCGCUUCUGGUCGGGCCGCUCACAGGGUCGUUUCUUGGAAGGAAAUGGACCAUGGUGUGCAUCAAUCUGCUAUCCGUUUCCGGCGCGCUGCUGAUGUGGGGUUCUCACAUGCAGACGUCAUUCCAGAUGAUCAUCGUGGGGAGGACCAUCAUGGGCGUGCACAAUGGCUGUGCCAUCGGUGUCGUCCCGAUGUACCUGUCCGAGGUGUCCCCACCCAACCUGCGCGGGGCUAUCGGUGUCACUCAUCAGCUCUUCAUCACCAUCGGUAUCCUGGUAUCACAGAUAUUCGGCCUGCAACAGAUACUCGGGAACGAGGACCUGUGGCCGUACCUGCUGGGGUUUUACGUCAUCCCAGCCGUGCUCCAGUCCGUGGUCAUGAUGUUCCUCCCGGAGAGUCCGAGGUGUCUCCUCAUAGAUAAAGACAACGAGGAAGCUUCGAGAAAAGCCCUGAAGAUUCUACAGGGGUCACACGUCAACAUCGACGUCGCCAUCCAGGAGAUGCGGCACGAGCACGAGAACGAGAUGAGCGAGCCGAGGAUGAGCCUGCUGGCCCUGCUCAAGUCCCGCUCCGUCCGCCCGCAGCUCAUGGUCUGCGUCCUGGUCAUGCUGGGGCAGCAGUUCUCCGGAGUAAACGCGAUCUUCUUCUACUCCACGUCGAUCUUCCUCCAGGCUGGUGUGCCUGCGGAGUACAGCGACUACGCGACCAUCGGGGUGGGCGGGAUCAACGUGCUGAUGACAGUCGUAUCGGUGAUGGUGAUCGACAAGGCAGGGAGGAAGGCUCUGCUGCUGUGGCCAGUCGCCUUCAUGGCUUUCUCGUUUGCCAUCCUGACGGUUACCCUGGGCCUUACGGAGAACCUGUAUUGUGAGUGCGGUUGUGCACAGGGUCGCUGGCCGACUGGUGUCCUAGACUCCGCUGGGUCCUGUAUCUUCCCUACCGUGGAAACUGUAACAGGGAUUCCGACUCCCAGCCUAACGAUGUCCACCGCUGCUCCGUACGAGAACCCGUACCAGUGGAUCGCCUAUCUCAGCAUCGUCUUCAUCAUCCUCUUCAUCAUUGCCUUCGCCAUCGGACUCGGCCCCAUCCCGUUCAUCAUCACUGGUGAGAUGUUCCGCCAGGGGGCGCGACCGGCAGCCUACAUGAUCAUCGGCAGUACCAACCUGGUCGCGAACGGCAUCGUGGGACUGGUCUUCCCUAUAUUACAGGCUAGGAUCGGCGCCUUCACGUUCCUCAUAUUCAUGGCUGUGUGUGUCCUCCUCUGCAUCUUCGUCGCCGUCAAGGUGCCCGAGACCAAGAACAAGACGUUCGAAGACAUCCAGAAGCUGUUUGGUGUACAGGACGACGCCGAGAUGCCCAACGGCAUACAGAACGCCGCUUUCGCAAGCACCACGUACUUGUAGGAAGACGUUUGUCAGGAGUUGACGAGUAGAGUAACAGUGUGUAAAGGUGAAGUCACACGAGCGUGUACGUAUGAGGUCCGCAUGUCACGUGCACUUUUUUCAUACGCAGUCUUACGUACUAGUACAAUACGCAGCUGGUAUGCCUCUGAAUCAUUUUGUGUCAGUUUUAUGUACGUAGGAAUACGCACAGUACGUCCCAGUGCGCUUAUCUAAAACUGACACAAAACGAUUGACAUGCGUAUGUGGUGCGUACGACCGCGUAUGAAAAAUGUCACCAAGGACCUCAUACGAACUUGCAUUGACUAAACGGCGAUCGCUGAGCGAAGGUUCAACGACCAAAACUGGAUGUGUGACCAUUAAUUGUACGAUCGGAAUAUGAUGCACGGUGUAAAAGUAAAAGUACCAAACGACAACCAAACGUACAAAAUGACAAGAAAGAUUCUAACUUUCAAUAUGCAAAUUAAGUACAUACUCAUUAGUAUAUUUGUGACUCGACAAAUACGACAUCAACCAAUUCAAUGAAUUUCAUUGAGCGAAAUUUGUUGGUUGCCAAGCAGUCGUAGCCUCUAGCGGAAAAGGGCGGGUGCUAUGACUCUAAACACUACCAAGGUACCAAUUUUGUUUGCCGUGCCUUCAGAAUGAAGUAUAACGUGCCAAAUUUUCAAAAUUGGGUAUGUUGCAUUUCAUCUAUCGCCGUUGUGCUUUAAAAGCUAAUAAAGUAAAAAGUAAAAGUAUUUUUACGAAGCGCAAUUAGCCAACCACAUAAUGUGGAGAAUAAGUAUGGUCACGAUUCUACGUACGCAUGCGCAGCGAAGUGUAUUGUGGGUAAAAUGUCAAAGGUGAAGACCCCUAACAGUUCUUGACUAGACCAUUGUGCUGAUUUGCGAAACAAUGCCGUGUUUUGUUUGUAUCUUUGGGGCCUUAACCUUUGACACGUUAUACCCACAAUGCAUUUUGCUGCACAUACGUACUUCGAAUUGUGGACCUGUUUUAAAACAAGACGUGGAUGUGUUUGUUUGCAAUCACAGUAUUGAAUACUGGCGUAUUGUCAUUAGUGUUUGAAACUGUAUAAAGAAUGUACAUUCUCUAGGAUAAACACUUUGAAAUCUGUGUCAAAUUUAUCAUCGUCUUAGGUCUUGUAAAUUUGAAUCUCUUUUAAGUCUUUCGAUAUACCAGACCUGAGCCUUAGCAAUGGUAACAAAAGUAAAUGUGUUGUUAAAACAUAUUGGUAACAACAACGAUAUAGUGGUUAUUAGUUACUACUAUUGGUUUUAUUUCGAUGAUGUCCUCAAUUCAAUCGUUAUUUUGUCCAGAAUUAAUAAUAAUAAUGAA